AUGAAACUCAACUUCCCCAUUGCGAAAUUCCUCGUCCUCUGCCUCCCUUGCGCACUCGCACAAGAUCCAGCUGCCGUUGCAGCGGCAGUCACGACGGCAGCUGCAGCCGCAGCGGUGGUAGCAACGACAGCAGUUCCCGCGGUGGAAGCCACGACAGCAGUUCCAGCGGUGGCAGCUACGACGGCAGUCGCAGCGGCAGCAGCAGCUCCAGCGGCAGUGAAUGUCGGAGUAGCAGCAGGUGGUGGAGUAGUUGCAUCAUCCGCAGCUACCCAGUAUCCGACGGAGACAACAGCCGGGUCUCUAUUCACGUCCAAUGGCGUAACGAGCGCAACUUGGGUACUAUUCAUUCAAACGUUUGCGACUACUGCGUUGGGAAGUUGGGAUCUAGGAGCUUCGCCGCAAGCGGGGAGUAUUGGGCUGGGUAGUAUUGCGGGUACGGUUGGGGCUGUGAACACGAAUGCGAAGCGGGCGUUGGAGACGCCUGCCCCUCGGAUUUAG